AUGGGCUCUUGUUAUUCUUAAGUUCCUUACACUUUUCCAGAUGGAGGAAUAUACGAUGGCGAAAUGAAAGAUGGGCUUCCUGUAUAAUUGUUAAGGUGAAUCUAGGACGGAAAAGGUAAAAUUAUCUGGGAUAACGGAACCUAAUUCGAAGGCUAUUUUGAAAAGGGCAAAAAGGUUAAACACGGAGUUUUUAAAUGGGCUGAUUCCUCACAUUAUGAGGGCGAAUUUUUGAAUGAAAAUUUUCAUGGAUAUGGUGAAUAUUAUUGGUACAACGGUAGGGUGUACAAGGGUAAUUGGGUUAAUGGUAAGAUGGAAGGUCAUGGCACACUUAGUUUUGAUGGUAAGGAGUAUGUCGGUACUAAUUUAUUAAAUCGUUAAGGUGAAUUCAAAAAUGAUAAAAAGAAUGGGUUUGGGGAAUUGAGAUGGCCUGAUGGCUAGAAAUACAUAGGUAAUUGGAAGAAUGGGAGACAAGAUGGUAAAGGGAAAUUAAUAGAGCCAAAUGGAAAUGUGAGUGAAGGCAUCUGGGUGAAGGGCAAAAAGUAAUGA